AUGACGUCUGCCACCAAUGUCCUACCGUCUGCCACCAAUGUCCUACCGUCUGCCACCAAUGUCCUACCCUCUGCCACCAAUUUCCUACCGUCUGCCACCAAUGUCCUCUCGUCUGCCACCAAUGUCCUACCGUCUGCCACCAAUGUCCUACCGUCUGCCACCAAUGUCCUACCCUCUGCCAUCAAUGUCCUACCGUCUGCCACCAAUGUCCUCUCGUCUGCCACCAAUGUCCUACCGUCUGCCACCAAUGUCCUACCGUCUGCCACCAAUGUCCUCUCGUCUGCCACCAAUGUCCUACCGUCUGCCACCAAUGUCCUACCGUCUGCCACCAAUGUACUACCAUCUGCCACCAAAGUCCUACCUUCUGCCAUCAAUGUCCUACCGUCUGCCACUAAUGUCCUACCGUCUGCCACCAAUGUCCUACCGUAUGCCACCAAUGUCCUCUCGUCUGCCACCAAUGUCCUACCGUCUGCCACCAAUGUCCUACCGUCUGCCACCAAUGUCCUACCGUCUGCCACCAAUGUCCUCUCGUCUGCCACCAAUGUCCUACCGUCUGCCACCAAUGUCCUACCGUCUGCCACCAAUGUCCUAUGUCUGCCACCAAUGUCCUACCGUCUGCCACCAAUGUCCUACCGUCUGCCACCAAUGUCCUACCCUCUGCCACCAAUGUCCUACCGUCUGCCACCAAUGUCCUCUCGUCUGCCACCAAUGUCCUACCGUCUGCCACCAAUGUCCUACCGUCUGCCACCAAUGUCCUCUCGUCUGCCACCAAUGUCCUACCGUCUGCCACCAAUGUCCUACCGUCUGCCACCAAUGUCCUACCAUCUGCCACCAAAGUCCUACCUUCUGCCAUCAAUGUCCUACCGUCUGCCACCAAUGUCCUACCGUCUGCCACCAAUGUCCUACCGUCUGCCACCAAUGUCCUCUCGUUUGCCACCAAUGUCCUCUCGUCUGCCACCAAUGUCCUACCGUCUGCCACCAAUGUCCUCUCGUCUGCCACCAAUGUCCUACCGUCUGCCACCAAUGUCCUCUCGUCUGCCACCAAUGUCCUACCGUCUGCCACCAAUGUCCUACCGUCUGCCACCAAUUUACAACACCAACAGCUACAACAUCAACAACUACAGCAUCAACAACUACAUCACCAACAACUACAACACCAACAACUACAACACCAACAACUACUGCACUAACAACUUCAAUGCCAACAACUACAACAUCAACAACUAUAACAUCAACAACUACAACACCAACAGCUACAAGAAUUGCUACUUCAAUAAUUAA